AUGGAGACCCCCGAGAGCGGCACCGGCUGGGGAUGGAGACCCCCGGUACCGGUGAUAGGAGGGGAUGGAGGUUCGGUACCGGCACCGGGACCGGCAGGGAGGGACCUGGCGGAGGUGGAGGUGCCGUCCGAUCCCAGUCCCAGUUCUGGUUCUGAUCAUGGUUCCGAUCCCGAUCCCAGUCCCAAUCCCGGCUCUGAUCCCAGUCCCAAUCCCAGUUCUGAUCCCUGUCCCAAUCCCGGCUCUGAUCCCAGUCCCAAUCCCGGCUCUGAUCCCUGUCCCAAUCCCAUUUCUGAUUUGGGUCCCAAUCCCGGUUCUGACCAGGAACUUCCAUUCCCUCCAGUCCCAAUUCCGGUUCUGAUCCUGGUCCCAGUCCCAAUCCCAGUCCCAGUCCCAGUUCUGAUUCCAGUCCCGGUUCUGAUUCCAAUCCCGGUGUCAGUCCCGGUCCCGAUCCCGGUUCCGAUUCCAAUCCCAGUCCCAGUCCCGGUUCUGAUUCCAGUCCCCAUCCCGGCCCCAUCCCGUUCCAAAUCUUCGCCCCAUCCCAGUCCUGGUCCUGGUCCCAGUGCUGGUUCUGAUCCUGCUCCUGGUCCUGAUCCCGAUCCCAGUCCCAGUUCCAAUCCCAGUCCCAGUUCCAAUCCCAGUCCCGGUUCUGAUCCCAGUCCCAUUUCUGAUCCCAGCCCCGGUUCUGAUCCCGGUCCCAGUUCUGAUCCCAGCCCCGGUUCUGAUCCCGAUCCCAGCCCCGGUUCUGAUCCCAGUCCUGGUUCUGAUCCCAGUUCCGGUUCUGAUCCCGAUCCCAGUUCUGAUCCCAGCCCCGGUUCUGAUCCCAGUUCCGGUUCUGAUCCCAUUCCCGGUUCUGAUCCCAGUCCUGGUUCUGAUCCCAGUUCCGGUUCUGAUCCCGAUCCCAGUCCCAGUUCUGAUCCCAGUCCUGGUUCUGAUCCUGAUCCCUGUCCCAGCUCUGAUCCCAGCCCCGGUUCUGAUCCCAGUUCUGGUUCUGAUCCCGAUCCCAGCCCCGGUUCUGAUCCCAGUCCUGGUUCUGAUCCCAGUUCCGGUUCUGAUCCCGAUCCCAGUUCUGAUCCCAGCCCCGGUUCUGAUCCCAGUCCUGGUUCUGAUCCUGAUCCCGAUCCCAGUUCUGAUCCCAGUCCUGGUUCUGAUCCCAGUUCCGGUUCUGAUCCCGAUCCCAGUCCCAGUUCUGAUCCCAGUCCUGGUUCUGAUCCCAGUCCUGGUUCUGAUCCCAGCCCCAGUUCUGAUCCUGAUCCCAGUCCCGGUUCUGAUCCCAGUUCCGGUUCUGAUCCCGAUCCCAGCCCCGGUUCUGAUCCCAGUCCCGGUUCUGAUCCCAGUUCCGGUUCUGAUCCCGAUCCCAGUCCCAGUUCUGAUCCCAGUCCUGGUUCUGAUCCCAGUUCCGGUUCUGAUCCCGAUCCCAGUUCCGGUUCUGAUCCCGAUCCCAGUCCCAGUUCUGAUCCCAGUCCUGGUUCUGAUCCCAGUUCCGGUUCUGAUCCCGAUCCCAGUUCCGGUUCUGAUCCCGAUCCCAGCCCCGGUUCUGAUCCCAGUCCUGGUUCUGAUCCCAGUUCCGGUUCUGAUCCCGAUCCCUGUCCCAGCUCUGAUCCCUGUCCCAGUUCUGAUCCCAGUCCCAGUUCUGAUCCCAGUCCCAGUUCUGAUCCCAGCCCCAGUUCUGAUCCUGAUCCCAGUCCCGGUUCUGAUCCCAGCCCCAGCUCUGAUCCCAGCCCCGGUUCUGAUCCCAGUCCUGGUUCUGAUCCCAGCCCCAGUUCUGAUCCUGAUCCCAGUCCCGGUUCUGACCCCGGUCCCGGUGCCAGUUCCCAUUCCAGUCCCCAUCCCGGUUCUGAUCUCAGUUCCAAUCCCAGCCCCGUCUCGGUUCUGAUUCUGAUCCUGAUCCCGGUCCCGGUUCUGAGCCCAGUCCCCGUCUCAGUCCCAGUCCUGCUCCCAGUCCCAGUUACGACUCUGGUUCUGAUCUCGGUCUUGGUCUCAGUAUCAAUCCCGGUUCUGAUCCCAGUCUCAGUUCUGAUCUCACUGCUGAUCCUGGUCUCAGUCUCAGUCCCGAUCCCAAUCCCCAUCCCGGUCUCGGUUCCCAUCCUGGUCUCAGUCUCAAUCCCAGUUCCAACCUGGUCCCGGUCCCAAUUCUGGUUCCAGUUUUGGUCCUAAUCCCAGUCCCAAUCUUGGUCCCAAUCCCAGUCCUGGUCCCGAUCCCUGUCCCAGUCCCAGACCCGGUCCUGGUUCCAGUCCCGGUUCUGAUCCCAGUCUCGGUCCCAGUCCUUGUUCCAAUCCCAGUCCCAGUCUCAAUCUGGGUCCUA